AUGUCCCAACUCAGACCAUGCAAAGUUAUCAUAUCAGGCGGGGGGCUAGCUGGGCUAGUCCUAGCCCUGACACUUGAGAAGGCCGGCGUUGACUACCAGCUUCUUGAAGCUUACCCUGAUAUUAUUCCUAAAGUUGGUUGCGGUAUUUGUAUACUCGUUAAUGCACUUACUAUCUUGGACCAACUGGGAUGUUAUGACGAUUUGGCUGCGCGUUCAACCGCGCUGAGUACUAUCGAUACCCGCUCCUCUGACGGAGAGUCACUAGCAACGUCGAAAAACUGGGAAACGAUAUUGCCGGAGAGGUACGGGUAUCCGUUCCUGUGGAUGGAACGCUCGACUAUUCUGCAAGUCAUGUAUGAGCACAUCGUCGACAAAUCGAAAAUAUUGACUGGCAAGAGAGUCCAAUCUGUUGAGAAUACAGAGGACGGAGUAGAGGUUACGACGACAGACGGAUCGGUUUAUCACGGCGAUAUAAUCGUCGGUGCGGAUGGUAUCAACUCGGGCGUUAGGCGAGAAAUCCAGCGACAUGCAACAGAACGUAGUCUUGGACCCGAAUACACGGAGCAAAAUGUCGUGUCUGCCACCUACGGCUGCAUGUAUGGCAUGUCACCCGGGCUACCAGGCCUGCCUGAAGCAUGUCUUGACUUCAGGGUGAACAAGCGAUCAUCGUCACUUAUCGGUACCGGAGUUGAAGAUAGGACAUUCUGGUUCCUGUACAAGCACCUUGGUCGCACAUUUACCGGUGCCGAUAUCCCUCGAUUCAAUGGAGAAGAUUCUCUCAAAGUAGCGAAAGAACAUUGGGACGAAACCAUUUCGCCAGGCAUAAAACUGUCAAACUUGUACGAAUCGAAGAAAGAUGUGCUCUUCUCCGCCAUGCCGGAGUUUGUAUUUAGCAAAUGGCAUCUAGACCGAAUGAUUAUUCUUGGCGACGCAGCACACCAGAUGUCAUCAAUCACUGCUCAAGGAGGAGGCCAAGCAAUGGAGAGUGUGGCAUGUUUGGCCAAUAACAUCAUCCCAGCGCUUUCGGACAACUCGAAAACAGGCAAAUUGUCAGCGGACGAGAUCAACGCUAUAUUCGACCGCACACAGGAGAUACGUCUACCACAGGCGAGGAAAAUUGUCGCGUCGGCUCAUCAGCGACAACUCAUGGAUACUAUGGAGACGCCUGAGCUUGAAGAUCUCAUGCUGAACAAGUUCCCCAAAAUCAUGGCCAAUAUUCUGGUCCAACGAUGGGAUGAUGCCUUUGCCGAUGCUAUAUCGUUUGACAUUUUCCCCGCUCCAGUCAGACUUCAGACUGCACGGGAUAAGAGGGCUACGGAGUCGGAUACGCCGCGAUUGUGA